CCUUAUCCGCGUUCGGUUCAAUCCUCUUGUGGCUAUACAGCUGACUGCGCCGUAAUAAUAUCAGGCUGCUGUUUUAGGUAGUCGCUGACCCGCCACCGCGGACGGUCCGUGGGUGCAGUCAAGUCAUUUGGGGAAAAGUUGACCCUGCACUACAACGGCUUCUGCAAUCUGCAGUCAUUUUGGACCCCCCUCUGUCGGUCAGAGAGUUGGUGGGACUACACCGCGCCUUUACCAGUCGCAUGGCGUUGCCUCUGGCUCCCCCACGCGCACAUUCCUGUUCGGCCUUCCCGUUUCUCACGGGACAGGAAUUUGAGAGCGCCUGCUGCUUUUUGGUUGACCGUCUCCACAUGCUGGGUGAUUCGCCUGCCGUGGGAUGCUGGUCGUCAAUCCAACUGACACGCAAGGCAACUGGUCCGAUUUUGAAGAUAUCACGAAACAUUGAUAUUAAUCAUCAUGACGAGGACCCCAUGGGAUCUGACCGGCUUGACGAAUCGCAGCUGGAGCUCCACGAAGAUGAUCCAGAGGCCCACGUUCGCAAAUCUGACCCCCGUGCCCGCCUACAGGUAAACUAUGAAAUUAUCUUCUCUUCCACAUAUCAGGUGCCUGUUUUAUUUUUCACAUUACGGCAUGAUAGCCAUCCGGGACCGCUGGGGUUAGACGCUGUUUACCAGUAUCUCGUAUCGGACCAGCAUAGAAACGAGCUCCAAAGUGUUGGUGUCAUGGGAAGUAUUAGUUUUGGCUACCAUCCAGAAUCCGGGACCCCCGCAUCUUUUGUUCAUCCAUGUAACACUGCGGACGCUAUGAGGUGCAUCGCAGGGCAGCAGGCCGUCGACCCCGAUACUUAUCUCAUCAUCUGGCUUGGGCUGGUGGGCAGCCGUCUUGGUCUACAUUUACCGUCUGCCAUCUUCGUCGCCAAUGAUCAGGCUCGGACCCAAGGCGAAUAAUUUGAGGCAGCAACAAGAAACGCGCUGGGGUGGGUUCCUUCUUCUCACGUCCCUCUCCGCAUGACCUUUCGACUUGGUUCGAAGAAUCCGAAUUCCACUGGGU